GCCAGGGAAGGCAUAUGCGGAGAGCAACGCCGAAGGCUCCUCUUGGGCAACUUUCUGGGGAGACGAUGCCAAGGCGGCCGUCGGUCUUCCAACUGGCGCAGGCACUCCGAUGCAGGUCGUCAUGGCGCGCACCGAGGGUCAGGUCUUCCGGGAGCGUGUCGGCUUCGUCGUCCUUUGCAUCAUCGGCGCCUACUGCUCCAUGAGGAUUCUCGUGGAGCUGCGCUACAUCCUGGAGCCCUUCCUUUGGGCAUUAUUCCUCGUCAUGGCCUGGAAACCUGUCGUGGACGGCAUCGAGCUACGUCUCGAGCUGAU